AUGGCUCAGUAUGGUUACGCAUACCGAAGCGCUCAAAUAUCCACCUACAACACUAGCAAUGUGAGAAACAUUGAAACUGGUGCAAAGCCAUUUGCUCCCUACGUCCCCAAAUUUAGUAACGGUAAUGGUUACUCAGACGGGAUCGUUACCAAGAAAAAAAUAAUUCCAGUUGCUAGCAGGCCUUAUUAUGAGGACGAGAGUGACAACGACCAUGAUGACGAUGAAGGGAAGCAUCCACAUCAAACAAGCCCACGUAAAUUUGAUGACUUCCUCACCAAGGUGCACAAUGAAGCUAACCGUAGUCCACCAAGGUCCUCCGGUCACGUGACUUCACCUGAUUGGCGCCACUCCUCGCAGCCAAAACCUUACAAUGGCGGCUAUGCUGACUACGGAACCAACAAGCCAAUUGGAGAUGCCAAUAAACAUGAUGGUCCUGGUUAUGGCAACAACAAGGAAGGGAACAAGCCUUUAUAUGGAGGUAACACUAAGAGUUUUGAUAACCAUGAUGGUUAUACAAGUCCUGCCAAGAAGAACAACUUUGAUCAUGCUUAUGAUGGAUACAACAAAAAUGGCCCCAAGCCCAAGCCCAUGUCCAAGCCCACCGGCAGUCCCGUUUAUAAUAGUAGUUAUGGUGGUGACUAUGGUGCACCCAAGCCAAUUAACCAUGACGGUUAUACAAGUCCCUAUGAUCAUGAUUAUGAUAGCUAUGGGGACUACUACAACAAAGAUGGGUCCAAGCCCACUGUCAGUCCUGUUUAUAAUAGUGGAUAUGGUGGUGACUACAACAACAUAGAAGGGCCAAAGCCCAAGCCCAAGCCCACUGGCAGUCCCGUUUAUAAUAGUGGAUAUGGUGACAACUAUGAUAACUACAACAACGGAGAAGGGGGCAAGCCCAAGCCCAAGCCCAAGCCCACAGGUAUUUCCGUUAAUAAAAAUGGAUAUGGUGGGGGCUAUGGUAGUGGAAGUGCAAGUCCAACUCGACAUGGCAACUAUGAUCAUGAGGGUGACUACGGCAACUACCACAACAAGCACGGUGGAUCAAAACCCGCUUCAGGCUGGAGUGAUUCACCAAGAAAAGGGAUCCAACUAACCAAGGCAACGAAUAAUAUCGACGAGGCCAUGGAGUUGUUGAUGAAAGAAGCUGCAAAAUUGCGUGAAUAUGAGAACAAGGCCCAUCAAAAUGGGCCAGGCCAGUUUGGGAGCAGGCCCGCGCCACCACCAGCAAGCACAUGUGACAGGACCAUGAAUCCGGUGCGACAACGCUUCAAUUUCGGUGAUGGGGGGAAACGUCCUGAUUAUGAUUAUGACAAGAGACGGGGCUAUGGAGUCAUGAAUCAUAAGGAGGCUGAGAAGAAGUUUAAUGGCGUCACCCUCGAUCAUAAUUAA